GCUACACAGAGCGUUGCCCCACGUCGUACCAUCGCAGUACCUUGCGUCUUUGCAGGGGAUCUUCAGCAUUUGUGCAAGCAUGGGAGUUGCGGAGGUUGUCGAGUGCAAGAUGGUUAAGACCGUCAGGAAUGAAGAAGUGGUCGAGUUGGCACGGGAGAUCAUGCACCAGCAUGUGACUGGGAAGUGCCAUCCUUGUGUUGCUUUUUCUCUUAAUGAAGGUGGAUGUUUUAAAGGCAACCAUUGCACUCAUUGUCACUAUUGCACCGCGGAGCAAGCCAUGCAUCGCAGGGCCGAACUGCAAGCUCAGGCGCGGCAAAAGACUCGACGUCACUACUACGAGCGUGCUGUGCCGGUGAAACGCUUUUGGCUUUGAAAGAAUUCGAACCAGCCAAUUCAACAUGGCAAGGCCCAGAGGAAUAGGAUGCAGCAGAGUUCCCAGCUGGUUCGUUGGCCGGGC